AUGGACAGAGGUCAAAAGAGAAAAUUACCAGUAAUGUGUGAAGAUGAAGGUGCGAGAUUUCCAUUGGAUGAACUAAAUCAAGAUGUUCUUGAAAGGGUUCUUUCAUGGCUGCCAACCUCUACUUUCUUUCGCAAUACUUCAGUGUGCAAGAAAUGGAAAUCAGUGGCAGAUUCUGCUACUUUCAAGCUCGCCUGCUUACAGAUUCCAGCCCGGGAUCCCUGGUUUUUCAUGGUUGAUUCUCAAUCCCACCUCAAUUACCACCCCAUUGUCUUCGACUCUACUGAAAAAGCCUGGAAAAAGCUUAAUUUCUUGCCACUCCUUCAAGAAGAUCAGUACCAGGACUCUUGCAGCAAUUUCAUUCCCGUUGCAGCAUCAGGUGGACUGAUCUGUUUCCACCGUGCACCUGGUGAAUUCAUAGCCUGCAACCCUGUAAACAGCUCGUGCCGUCGGCUAGCCUCAUUAGAUUCUCAGUGGCAAAAAAGCAAACAACUUCAGGCCAUUGCAAUGACCUCCACAACCGCAUCCUUCAAGCUCGUGUCAGUCUCCGGGGAAUACCCAUAUUCAACCCUCUCUUUCAGAACCUACAACUCCAGCACUGAUCAAUGGGAAGAAGACGCCAUCCUCAAUAGAAAGAUUGACAAUCCUGUUGAAACUGAAAUCGAAACCGAAGAUGAUUACUCAAUGUAUUUCUUGAGCAAGUGUGGGAAUGUAAUUUCCACAAAUUUGCAGAGGAACCCAUGUAAGCAGUAUUCAUCAGCAAUCAUCCAUAAAAACGACGAGGAAAUUCUAUAUUUCCUAAGCUCAUCUGGGACAGUUGUGUCCUGCAAUCUCACACAUAAAUUCUUCUUCGAGUAUCCAAGAAUACUGCCUGUCUUCUCGGAGUACGCAAUCGACAUAAUCGAAUGUGGAGGAGAAAUCUACGUCGUAGUUCUUCACGAAUUCCUGGAAACUGCCACCCUCCGCGUGUGGAAAUGGGAUGAGAAAAAUCAGUUCUGGGUUCAGAUUGCAGCAAUGCCAUCGGCAAUGUCCCAUGAGUUUUACGGCAAGACAGUUGAUAUAAAUUGCACCGGAACCGGCACCGGGCACCAGAUGUUAGUCUGCCUGAAUUCUGCAGAAAAUUAUAGCUACGUUUUGUGCAAUUUGGUGAGAAAUGAAUGGAUUGAAUUGCCCCAAUGCUAUAUGAAUGGGGAAUCCAAAGAAUUGGUGUGUGCAUUUUCUUUUGAGCCUAGGAUUGAAGCUUCCUUGUAG